AUGCGUGGCCUUACUUUGAUUGCAAUUGCCCUCUAUGGUAUAGGGUUUUCAAGUGCUACUGUUAUUCCAGCUAUGGAAAAGCAUUCUCCUGAUAUCGGAAAUGUGCCUGUAUUGCAAUGUGCUCCUGGCUCAAGAAGUGACAUCUUAGAAACAUGCACCCGGCCAACGGGAGUAUUUAACAAGCGUUACAUUGGUGCUAGUGUCAACGUUCCUUGUGAAGACAGUUUGGUCUACGGUUCUACACACGGUUUUCUAAUGUAA